AUGGCGGUGUGCUUUCCAAAACUUCCAUACAGCCGGUCUGAAGCAUGCGAGCCGGCUUUCUUUUUGGUCGCUAAUAACCCGGCUGUUGGAGCUUGCUCUGCCCUUAUCUCGCUGCCCGGCCUGGGACCAGGACUGUCUGGUGGAGUUCUGGUUGACGCACAUAAUCUUGGCAGUGAGGCAAACCAAGCAGACACAAAGCAGAUGGAUGAAGAUAUUGUCAUCUCAGGGCAUAUAAACGGUUGGAUUGUGGUCUGGGAUCGUAUCAUCCACCGAUCUGUCUGGUGCACCUGGCUGGCGCACUCUUCUGGUGUAGGUGGUGUGGUCAGUCUUCAUUUGAUGCCAGAAUUAGCAUAUUGGUCAAGUGGCUCGCAUCAGCAGAUUUUGGUCUCGCAGGGUCGAGAUGCUGCCAUCCGAUUUUGGCGUCUUAGCGACAUUUUGUUACAUGGCCCGGGGCCCUCUUAUGCGAUUGGUCAACGCCUUAACCGUCCACCCAGACAAGGUGAGUCGGCAAGGGUCAAAGCGGUUUAG